AUGAAAUUACUGUGGUGUCUUAUUUACAUUUGUAUAAUAGGAGUUGAAGCAUGGAGUGAUAACAGGCAAAGAAAGUUUAGUAAUGAUUUCAAGUUUGGUGUUUCUACAUCUGCAUAUCAAGUGGAGGGAGCCUGGAAUGUUGACGGAAAAGGUGAAAGCAUUUGGGAUAGAUACUUCCAUGAUAAUCCAAAGGUGAUUACGGAUGGAAGAAAUGGUGAUGAGGCUUGUGAUUCCUACUAUUACUAUAAAAGAGAUGUGGAAAUGCUGAGAGAGCUUGGAGUGGAUUAUUAUAGAUUUUCUAUAUCAUGGCCUAGAGUUCUACCUUCCGGGUUCCCCAACGAACAAAACAAGCUGGGCUUCCAAUACUAUGACAACUUGAUUGACGAACUCCUAAAAUAUAACAUAACGCCCAUGGUGACACUCUACCAUUUUGAUUUACCUCAGAAGCUGCAGGACUUGGGAGGUUGGGUGAAUCCACUUUCCGUCGACUGGUUUGAGGAUUACGCGAAGGUCGUGUUUGAUAAAUACACGAGCAAGGUCAAAUAUUGGAUAACAGUGAACCAGCCGAAUUCAAUUUGCACGUCUGCUUAUGGGGAAGCCGCGAUGGCGCCUGUGUUAAAUAAAGGCGUUUCAGAGUAUGAAUGUACCAAAAAUGUUCUUUUAGCGCAUGCCAAAGCGUACAGACUGUAUGAGAAGGAAUACAAAAAUAAAUAUAAAGGAUCCGUUGGCAUAUCAAUGUCAUUAAAUUGGGCAGACCCAGCUGAUAAUAGCACGGAGAAUGUUGAGGCGACGGAGGUGUUCCGGGGAUUUAAUAUUGACUUAUUUCUGAAUCCAAUAUGGUCGAAGACAGGUGACUUCCCGUCUACAGUCAAGAAAAUCGUGGCCAAAAAGAGCAAACAACAAGGGUUUAGUGAAUCUAGACUCCCCGUGUUGAGUCCUAAGGAAAUCAAACUGCUGAGAGGUUCGGCAGAUUUCCUAGGUAUCAAUCACUAUACGACCGUAUUGGUGAAAACGUCUGACGAAGAUGUCCAAUCGCCGUCGUUCGUAAAUGACGUCGGCGUCGAAAUUGUGCUUGGUGAUAAGUGGAAACAGUCACAGUCCGCAUGGCUAAGAAGCGCUCCAUACGGCCUGUACAAAUUAUCUAUAUAUUUAAACCAAAAUUAUGACUACCCAACCAUAUUUAUAACGGAACACGGCUGGUCGACUAAACCGGGAUUGCGGGAUCGAAGCCGGGUGGAGAACAUGAGACAAUAUCUGAACGCGCUACUUCUCGCUAUUGAAGAUGGCACGAAUGUUAAAGGAUAUACAGUUUGGAGUCUAAUGGAUAACGUGGAGUGGCAAGCUGGUACUAGUGAACGUUUCGGCCUCUACGAAGUUGAUUUUGAGUCAAAAGAUAAGAAAAGAACGGCGAGGAUGUCAGCUCUUGUGUACAAGCGGAUCAUUGAUACGAGAAUUGUGGAAGAAGACUGGGAACCGAAGCAUUUAAACAUUGCCACACUCCAAAGAGACGAGUUAUGA